GACUCCUAAAGGGCUGACUCUAAUCUCCUCCUCUCCUCUCCUCUCCUCUCCUCUCUGCUGCUUGCUUUCUUCUUGGAUUCGUUUGAGAGCAAAGUUGUGGAGCAGCCAGGUGUCUUGCUGUGGGAGAACCUCACCUGAACUAGAUCUUUUCUGGGCUCUUCUUUUAAACAGAAAACAGCAACUUCAGCCAGUAAAGCUGGGAGUUUUCAAAGGAGGAGCUGAGAAAGGAGUUUGAGGACAUGCCAAGUGCCUCCGUAGGGGGAGGAGUUGGAUGCUAAGACCAUCUCUGCCUCAGGAGGACUGAGCCUGCAGAACCUGGCUCCCUCUGGCUCAUGCAGGAGAAAAGGGUGAGCUCCCAGAUCAGCAGCUACCCACCACUGAAGAACUGAAAGCCAUGGUCCUCAGCAAGGGGAGGCUGUAACCAGGACACACACAAGGCUUUCCCACCGGAGCUCCCUCUGCUGCAAAAUAAUACAUGGGAAGGAGCUGGCCAUGGAGAAGCUGUACUUUGCAGGAAAUGACCUUUGGACUAUCAAUGGUUCACUAGAAAACACCAGCCUGAGCCUGGAGAACCUGACUUAUGGGAAGAACAGCACGACUGACCCCCUGAAGAGAAAUGAGGACAUGGCCAAGGUAGAGGUGGCAGUGCUCUGCCUCAUCUUCUUCCUCGCCCUGACUGGCAACCUGUGUGUGCUGCUGGCCAUCCACACGACCCGGCACAAGCACUCCCGCAUGUACUACUUCAUGAAGCACCUGAGCAUCGCUGAUCUGGUGGUGGCCAUCUUCCAGGUGCUGCCCCAGCUCAUCUGGGACAUUACCUUCAGGUUUUAUGGGCCAGACUUCCUCUGCCGCCUGGUCAAGUACCUGCAAGUAGUGGGAAUGUUUGCUUCCACUUACAUGCUCUUGUUGAUGUCCCUGGACCGGUGCCUGGCCAUCUGUCAGCCCUUGAGGUCAUUGCACAGGCGGUCUGACCGGCUGUCUGUCCUCCUCACCUGGCUUCUCUGCCUGCUGGUCAGCAUCCCCCAGAUCCACAUAUUUUCCCUCCGGGAUGUGGGCAAUGGGGUGUAUGACUGCUGGGCAGAUUUCAUCCAGCCCUGGGGACUCAAAGCCUACAUUACUUGGAUAACCUUGACAGUCUAUAUCAUCCCUGUGCUGAUGUUGAGUGUCUGCUAUGGUUUGAUCAGCUUCAAAAUCUGGCAGAACGUGAAACUAAAGACAGCCCAUGAGACCAACAUGAGUUUGACCACCAACUCCAGCGGGGCAGCACUGUCCAGGGUCAGCAGCAUCAAGCUCAUCUCUAAAGCCAAGAUACGGACAGUCAAAAUGACCUUCAUCAUAGUUUUAGCUUUCAUAGUGUGCUGGACUCCAUUUUUCUUUGUGCAGAUGUGGUCAGUAUGGGACAAGAAUGCUCCACAAGAAGCUUCCCCAUUUAUCAUUGCCAUGCUCCUAGCAAGUUUAAACAGCUGUUGCAAUCCCUGGAUCUACAUGCUUUACACAGGCCAUCUCUUCCAUGACCUUAUGCAACGGUUCCUCUGCUGUUCUACCCGUUACUUAAAAUCCCGGCAAAGAUGUGACCUUAGCGGCAGCAAGAAAAGCAACUCCUCCUCGUUUGUCCUGAGUCGUAAGAGCUCCAGUCAGAGGAGCUUCACGCAACCAUCUAUGGCAUAAAGACUCUUCCAGGACAGUUUAGACUUCAAUACCACUUUGCUCUGUCUUCAGCAUCUAUUUGUACAAAGGCUGAUUCAGAAUGUAUGGCGGUUCUUAUGUAUGUACAUAUAUAUAUGUGCGUGUGUGCGAUUGUAUGCGUGUGUUGAAUUUUUUAUUUAUCUAAGGCAGGAAGAAGAAAAGAACUUCUGUAGUCAAAAGUCUGGUAUGGAAUAGGUACUUUAAUUGGGUUCAAUUCAGUGGACAGGAUCCUGAAGCCUUUAGUCACUGAAAUCAAUAGGGUUUUUACAUGAUGACUAAGUAUCAACUGCGACGUCUUACUUACCUGAAUAGGCUUAUUGAAGUUGAUGAAUCAAAGUUAUUACUCCCAAGUUUAAGGGGACAUCACUGAGUUGCAGCAGAGCUGAUCUACAAAAAAUGAGUUCUCUCUGGACUAUUCUUACUCAGGUGAGUAUUGCUCAUUGAUUUCAGCGUGAGCAUUGGUAUGGGCACAUGAACAAGUUAUCCUGAAGUAAGUUAGAAGGUGGACAUCCAGCAUAUCAUCUACUUUGCAGCAAUGGACUAUGUGCACAGUCUUAUUCUGUGGUAAAUGUAGAUGUAGUUUGCCUCACAUUCAUUGAGAGGAAAGCUGUUUUGCAGGUACUAUGAGAUAUCUUGUUAACAGGUCUUCAGUGUGUAUAAGGCCUUGCAGGAUCCUGACUUAGGUCCUUGUAUAAAAAUAAUACCCACUGACUUCAAAAGAGUAUUGGCUCAGGAAAGAUGUAGGGGUUUGAUUCUGCAGCAACUUAUGUACACGCUUAACUUGAAGAAUCUCAGUUGGCCCCAUGCACUUCAGUGGGACUAUUCACGUGGUUCAACUUAAGCAUGUGCAUAAGUGAUUGUGGGAUCAUGUGUUUGUUCAAUAACACGUGUACUAAUUAUGUUCAAAAGCUUUCUCUAAGAUGGUGAAAUCUGGUGUCCAUCAAACUCAAUGGCAAAACUCCCAUGGAUCUUCCUGGGUCCAGGAUUUUAUUCUUCAAUUAUUGUAUAUAUUAUUACAUCACUAUAAUUUUUUUUCCUGUAAGGCACAAGAUUCAUGCUUUUGGCAUGAAUUUUUUAAAGUAUUUUCUUGUAAAUGAAAUUGUAUUAAUUCAGCUUCAAGGAAAGCGCAAGUUCUGUAAAAAAAAAAAAAAAUGGAGGAAACUUAGUGGAAAAAAUGCUUCAUAGUAAUAUAUCCAUUGUACUGAAUGCUUUUGUUUAGACCCAUGCACCAACACUUAUAAACUAUUCAGCCUUUUAUUAUAUGGGCAUAAGGUUAGUAUGGACACAAUUUUUGGAAACGGCAAAUAUAUAUGGCAAGAUCCUGCUCCCAGUGACAUCAGUGUAAGUUUCCUUUUGGAUUCAAUGGCCGCAGGAUUAGUCAACCUGAAGACUGAUCCUUCUAACCUUUGCUCAUGUGAUCAGUCCUUUCUUAUGUGAGUCAUUCCCAAAUGAAUGAGACUGCUUGCCUAAGCAAUGAUUACACAUGAGCAAAGGUUUAUGGGAUUUGAACCUGUAUCUUUGGAACAAAUAUAAAUACUUCAUGUAGAAAUGUACUGGUUUUGUUUGUUCAUUGUUGUUCACAGAUCCAUUUUCAGCUUUCAGAUUUCUAGGUUUGGUUGUGGUGUUCAUUUAAUUUUCACUGACUUUUAAGCACAAUUCUACAAGCUGAUCAAAUAUGGAGUACUUAUUUCUCCUUUGUUUGCUUUUCUGGUUUAAGGUUUCUUGUACACCAAAGUAGUGAAGUAUUGGAGUGCGGCACGUUAAAAAAAUUCCUUGAGUAUAAUUGGGUAAUGUUUAGAUUUUUUCCAUAUCUGCACUGCCCAAGGAAAGGAAUGUAAUUUUACUUUAAAGGUUUUAUAAUCAUUGACAAAAUUCUAUUUUAAUACAUCUAGAAAUAUAA